AUGCUGCGAUUCUAUGUGCUACUAGUGAACGUUAUUGCUGUCGCGAUGAUGAUGAUGAUCGGCGUUGCAUUUUCGGAAGAUACGAAUCACGAAUAUGUUCAGAUUGAAAGACCGAUUCGAAUGGAUAACGUCUUCUUCCCUCAAAAUCGGAAUGCAAUGUCAUUCAUCGACUCUUCAUCUACAUUUCUUUUGCAUCUCCUCAAGUAUAAACUGCAUAAAGUGCAGUAUCAGAAGUUAGAUAAGAUCGCUACUACUACUACCACCACUACUACCACUACUACUCCUUCUUCUCCUAGAAGUUGCAUCUGUGUACCCUUUUAUUUGUGUGAUAAUAAUCAGACUAUUAUCAAUGAUGGUGCAGGAAUAAUUGAUUUUCGCAAUGGGAUAUGCCCUGGAAUCUUCGAGAUCUGUUGCUUUCUGCGAAAUGUCACAAUACCACCUCCAACAAUACCUCCGACUACUUCGACUACUCCUUCAACAACUUCAACUACUCCUUCAACAACAUCAGCACCAAUAAUUUUCCCGACCAUGUUACCGAUUCCUACCGUGACCAUACUUCCAAACUGCAUCUGUGUGGAGAGAUCGUUGUGCGAUCCCAAUGGAAUAGUCACCGUUUUUGGCGAGGAUGUAAUAAACCCGCGGCAACAGUAUGCUCUGUGUCCAAAUGCCAAUCAAGUCUGCUGCAGAAUAUUGACGACAACGACACAGCCACCAACAACGAGUUCUUCGACGACAACGACGACAAUGAUGACGACGACGACAACGAUGACGACGACGACGACGAUGAUGACGACAACGACACCCGGACAAACACUACUGUGUUUCGUAUGCAACAAUACUAUUCAAUGUUUUACUUGCUUGAUCAUUGCGCCAAAUAGCAGCGUCAUAGACCCCAGAUUAUCUCAGAUCUUAUCGGGAGGAGAUGUUUGCGCGUUGACAACUCUAUUGUCCUGUCAAACUAGUCCACCCGCUUCGUCAGUUCCGGAUUUGCUCGGUCCAUUGAAGAAUCCAGGUACUCCGCAAGCUUGUUACUGUGUGAAAACCUGGUUGUGUUCUGAGGGAAACGUGAUAAAUCUAGACGGUUUGGGUAUAAUCGAUCCAAGAUUCACAGCUUGCUCAUCGGCGGACCAAGUGUGUUGUCGACUGGUGGGAAUUAAUCUUCAAGGUCUUCGUAACGCUUCGUUAAAAAAUCUUGCUGUUGGACGAUCUGAUCAUUUAACUUCAGACAUUUGUGGUACACAGAACAAUAAUUACGCACCGCCGCAGCCUGCUUCUGCUGACUCCGGAAAGACUUAUUUCGCCGAAUUUCCAUGGAUGGUUGCGCUUCUCACAAAGCCCACGACCGGUAAUUCUUACGUUUUCCAAUGCGGUGCUUCGAUGAUAAGUAACGAGGCCAUUCUUACUGCUGCACAUUGCGUUAUAAAUCAGAAACCUGAAAAUUUAAUGGCACGUUUCGGUCAAUGGAACAUAGAAAAUAGCGUUCAACCAUUGCCUAUUCAAGAAGCGAAUAUUCGUGCGAUAGCUGUGCAUCCGUCUUAUUACAGCGGUGGACUAUUUCACGACAUAGCUGUUCUUGUUCUGGAAAAACCAAUCAUCUAUAGCAUAAAUAUCAUGCCGAUUUGUCUUCCUGAACAAGGUGCGGUUUUCUCCGCUAGGAGCAAAUGCUACGGAAUAGGAUGGGGUACCAAUUUAUUUGGACCAGAAGGGAAAUAUCAAGCCGAACUGCGAAAGGUCGAGCUUCCUAUCGUCGAUCGAGAGGAUUGUCAGACGCGUUUACGAAGUACGAAAUUGGGCCAGUAUUUUCAACUGCACGGAUCAUUUAUCUGCGCGGGUGGCGAAGCGAGCAGAGACACAUGCCGCGGUGACGGCGGUGGACCUCUGAUUUGUCAAGCUGCUACGGGACAAUUUUUUCAAGCUGGCAUUGUAUCGUGGGGUAUUGGCUGUGGGACUUCUAACAUUCCUGCGGUAUAUGCAAGUACAUCACAACAUCGUCAAUGGAUAGAUCAACAGCUCGCAACUUUUGGCGUAUAGUAACGCAGAGAGUGUUUAAUAUUUUUAUUCUCAAUUGCCUUUGACGUACA